AUGCCCGACCCACGCUUCGAGGAGAUCAUUCAAAGUUUGUCGCUGAUGCCAACGGAAAUGGCCCACGCGAUAAUUGACGAUCUUCGUGUUUUGGACGUGCUCAAUUUGCUACUAUAUGACAAUCCCAGAGUUACUUCUGCGAUUUCUUCGCACCCCGGCUGCCAAGCUGUGAUCGGCAUAACCCCUGACACAUUCUGCGAAAGGAAGGAACUGAUCAAAAGCUACUGGGGUCUGGCCCGUCAGACUGGUAUCAACAUUGAUGAGAUCUGGUAUAGAUCGGUCAUUGGGCUCAAUGUCAACUGUGCCGAAUUCCAACACCUCCCUUCAAUCACCGACGACCUCCACGCUCACAUAUUGAAGUAUGUCGAGGACCAGACAAGCGUGGUAGAUUUGAAUCGGUUCACCGUUGGAUCCAAGGAAAUUCCGCUAGUUACAUCUGCUUCAUCUCUUGCACAGCUCGAAGAAUGCUGUAAAGCCGUGCGUGCGGCUAAAGUUCAGUAUUUCGCACAAGCCUCGGGCCAGCUGCGCCGGGCAUGUACACUGCUGGAAAACAAUCCCGAUCUCUUGAAACGAACCCUGGACCCAAAUCAAAAAAGGCGACCAAACACUGCGCACAUCACCGCCAGAAUGAACCUCGUCGCCGACAAAAUUGCUAAGAGCAAUUUGCAGAACCAAGUGCACACCGAGUACUAUCGCUACACAUUUUUCCCUUUGACUCCCUUUGACACUUCUUUGACAGAGUUGCUUCGAAUGAUGGAUUAUUUUGAUAUCACCGCCGCGGGUGUACUUUUGCUCAACAAAGAUGGUUCCUCCUCUUGCGGACGGCAGCAUACCCGGAGGUCCAUCGGCUUGCUAGUGUGGUGA